CUGUUGUAUCCUCUAAGUUUUCUUUGGUUUCCGAUUUUGGUAACGACUUUUGGCUACGAGAAAAAGCAUGGCUUGCUGGAAAUGAUGCGCAUCCAGUCGCUGUCCAAUACAGUCUACUGGUUGGCAAGCUAUGCCUGGUUUUUCGGUCUCUUUUUGCUGACCAUGGGCGGCUACUUCUUGCUCUUUUACGCAGUCUUUUCCCGUAGUUGGGACCUCGGUAGCAUGUUCUUGGUCACCCUUCUGUGGGGCAACGCACAGAUCGGAUUGGGCCUCCUGGUGGCGGCGAUAUUCUGGCGUUCCGAGUCUCUCACCGCUGUCACGUACUUUGUGAUGUCGUUUGGCUUGGUGAGUACAGGCGAUUUGCUUGACGCCGUGGAGCCGCCAAUGCCCUGGACCCUGGUCCUCUUUCCCAUGACGAACUACGGACGCUCGCUCGUGCUAACACUCAAGUACUCUCAUGAGACCGAUAGCGUGAACGUUUGGGACGAAUUUACGCUGAGCGAGAGGAACGAAUUUGAGAAUCUGCUGAUUGCCCAGACACUUUUCGGCACAUUUUUGAUCUUUUUCGCGAUCGCAUUGCUGCAGGAUGUGCAUCUUAUGGUAUGGACGCCGCUGUCCAAGGCGAUCGUCGCCUUCGUGAAUUCAAUUUCAAAGCAAGCUUCGAAAACGAAACACGGAAAUGGAAGUGGAACGCUUCCAGCGAUCGAGGGAGCGCAAGCACAGCUAACAAAUACGAUUGGAGCAAGUUCUAACGCAGAUGUUGGUGCUCGUCCUAGUGCCUCCAGUACUGCUGCCAAUACGAUAGAGGACCAGAAUAAAGACGGGAACAUGGGAACUGGUGGCAAUGUGGAACAACGAGAGUCGACGGUCGAUGCGCUCGAGAUGAUACUCAAUGAGGCUGAUAAUGCGGAUGAUGAU